AUGAUGCUGACACAACUAAACCUACACAACAUGGGAACGGUAAUAACAAAAAUGCACUCAAAAAAGGCUGAGAAACACAGUUUUCAUUUAGAGUUACAUGAGUAUGGCACAUUACUGGAAAGUUUGAACAACAGUGAAACAUCGGAUAGAGAAUACUAUCGAGGUAAAACAUGUAAUGAGCUUUUAAAAAGACCUGUUUAUGGACGUAUUUGUACGACUGACAGCGACGGCGAGACUGUGAAAAUAUUGUCGUCUGCUCCGGGCCGAAAGACCGCUUUUAUAUUCGGCCCAGAAACUGCGUGCGGUGCGCUGCUCGCUAAGAAACCGUACGAACUACUACUUCAUUUGGGACUUUUACCAGAAUACAUCCACUUAAAGGUUUGUAUCAAGAAAUCCAGGUACUGGAUCAUCCUUCUGUCUGAAACACUAAACACGACGGAAACCCCAAUUCUAGCUGCCACAUGGGAUGGCUUGAAACAGUUCAUCCAGAUCUUCUACCCUGCUGCUCUCGAAUCAGUUCUUACCCACUGGGACACCAUCAAAGCAAACCCAGUGGAAUUCUUCGAGCGGGAGGUCGACUUUAAGUUCAUUUCAACACUGAGUGACACAUCGGGUCCUCAGUAUAUGAGCUACGAGAAGUAUCUCUCACUGCCGAAGCCCCAGACAGCUUGGCAGACGAGGCUCUUCCUUUACUGUGAACUACGGAUGUUUGAAUUAUUCACUGGUGAUGGACUGACGUGUAGACAGGAUGGAACAAAAGGAGAACGGGAGUACGUCAGUACGAACUAUGACCUCUCGCAGAUUGACCGAAGUAACUGGGUAGCUGUACCUAUCACGGUGGAUGUCCCUCUCGAUGUGAGGAAACAAUAUGGCUCUACUUUGUAGCUAUUACGUCAGUGCCGGUGUCCCUGGGAACUCCUUCUGCUGGAGAUUCUUUCCCCCAUAUGGUACAUUAACAUCGGCUGGAGGAGGAGGAUUCAAAAGAGGGCGCUGUCAGAAGUAGUUUGUACAUAGUUCGCCACAUGGGUGGACAGAAUCUCCUGCCAAACCGGCCUGGAUUUAAUCUUGAGAGGGCAAGGCCAUUUUACAGUUUGCAAAGACACUUUCAUUGGAGUUCUUUUCAAAUACUGAAAAGUAAAACAAUUGGGCAUUGUUCCUGAUUAGCAAUUUGAAUGAUUACAUUCCAGCUGAGUUAUUCAUUGCAUUCACUCAUAAUGUACAGGUAUGAUACCUCAAUCUUGGACAAGCCUUUUUGAGUGGCACCAAGGCAAAUUCCAGGGGCAUGGAGUGUGGUGUAUUUGAUGUGGAACUGAAGACAAUAAAGUUACACACACUGUGCAAGAAGGAGCACUGUUGGUAAUUGUCAAAGACCGGUUUUCUAACUUGGUGUAUCUCGACAUAUGCAUAAAAUAACCAA